GAAAAGGAAGAAAGACACACUCAUGAUAGCUUGCAAGCCCUUCUUCAGAGUAGACCGUGUUCUGAAACUAACGAAUUCUUGUAAUGCAUUGAAGAAAGCAGGUUACUUUCAGGAAUACAGAACCUAUCAUGUUUUGAACUGUAAGGUUAAAAUGGGCGGCGGAAAAGAUAAGCAGCGUGAAGGGAAGCAGAACAAAAAGCUCAAGGCAAUUAACCCUGUUUGGAGACCAGUUAGUACUCAAGCCAGUUCCUAUGAAGAAUGCUCAUUGAAGGAUGUUGAGAUUGAGUUGGGAGAUGAAGUUCAAGUACAAGAAGUGCACUCUAGCACACAUAUCUCUGUUUCAAAUGCUCAGAAUGACACAGAGCUAACGGAAGCAGUGAUUGAAAUAACAGACCAAAUUACGAGUUCUGGUGGAUUGGAUGGAAGUGAUGAAGAUAGAGUUUUGAAAGGAAAAUCAGUGGUUUCCACAGAAAAGCAUUCAAUUUCAGUUGAGGUUGGGGCUUCAUUAAUUCGAUUUAUCAGAGGAUUUGGAGGGUCCACACAGAUGAAGAUUGAAAAGGAGAUGGGAGUUAACAUUGUAAUUCCAUCUUCAAGACAGGAGGAUUCUGUUAUCAUUGAAGGUGUUUCAAUUGAUAGCGUGACUAAAGCUUCAGCAAGGAUCCAAGCUAUAAUCGAUCAGGCAGUCAAGAGCCCGAGCCUCGACUACUCGCACUUCAUUUCACUUCCAUUGGCGAUACAUCCUGAACUAGUUGACAAGCUUGUCAUGUUUCAGAACUCCAUACUGGGGUGUGGUGAUCCUCGCAUAGAGGAGAAUGUGGAUAGUGAUUCAAAUGAAGAUUAUACUGAAAAAGAAGAUGAAGACCAAAAGUUAGAUAAAGGACCUAGUGUUGCUGCUAAACUGAAAGUCGAUGAUGACAAAGAAGGUGUUAAAGUGGAUAUAACAAACAUACCUCUUGUCAGCUAUGCUCCUAAAGCAUCCGAGUCUUCAAAUUUAUUUGACAUGGGGAUUGAGAAAUCCAUAUUCAUCAAACCAAAAACUUUCCAUUUAACUGUUCUCAUGUUAAAGUUGUGGAACAAGGAAAGGGUUGAUGCUGCUGCUCAGGUUUUACAGAGUAUCUCGUCUCAAGUGAUCGAUGCCUUGGAUAAUCGGCCUGUCUCCAUAAAACUUAGAGGCCUGGAUUUAAUGAAGGGUUCUUUGGCUAAAGCACGUGUUGUCUAUUUGCCAGUGGAGGAAAUUGGUGGUGAAGGCCGACUUUUACGUGCUUGUCAAGUUAUUAUCGAUGCAUUUGUAAAAGCUGGACUUGUCCUUGAGAAAGAUGCAACCCACAGCAUGAAGUUGCAUGCUACGGUGAUGAAUGUGAGGCAUAGGAAAAGGACAAAAUGGUCAAGAAAGGUAGAUUCUUUUGAUGCACGAUCCAUUUUCAAGCAGUAUGGAUCUGAGGAAUGGGGAGAGUAUGUUAUCCGUGAAGCUCAUCUUUCACAGAGAUUUGCUUGCGAUGACAAUGGAUAUUAUCAUUGCUGUGCUUCUAUACCAUUUCCUGUUAAUAUGCAAGUUGACUGAUCUCUCUCUCUCUCUCUCUCUCUCAAGAAAGAAAGAAAGAAAAAAAAAAAAAGAAGAGAAAUUGAGCUCUUAAAAUGUAUAAUUUUUCUCUUUAUAGAAAUCAGAAUAAAAUGGGAAAUAGCCUUUUGGACUAGUUUUGCUAAGCGUUUGAACUUCAGAGUAGAAGAGGGUUGUUUUUGCAAUUGAAACAUUGCCGGUGGAAAAUACUUGCUAGCCUCGGUGAUCUAAUUUUUAUCUAGUUCUUCUAUGUAUGUAUGUAUGUAUGUAUGUAUGUAUUUGAUACCUAAUCUUCUAAGUAGGUAUUUCAUGGGUUCUCAUCGCAUGUUAUUGAAAAAUCUGACAGCUAUCUGGAUAUGGAAUGACCUAGUUUUCAUAUAGCCUUUCCCAUAAAAUAGUUGACA